AUGUCUCGCGAGCACAGUGGAGGGCAACUUCCGACUAAACGAUCUUCGGCUGGUCGAAAGCAAUCUCCUGCCGCUAGCGGGCCGGAAUCCUCUCACGGCAACAUAGAAGACUUGCAGAAGAAUGUGACGAAUGGGGAUCGUGACGAAACGCUCGAAAAACUCGCCGAUAGGUUAAAGUCAUUGCAGCAAGAAAACGAGAAUGUUGAGAAGCAAACCGCCGAUGAAGAAGAAGAGCACAUCGCGCUCUUGAAGGAGUUGGAGAAGCAGCGUGAUGACUUGAGGAAGCGAGUAAAGGAAAAGGAUGAAGCUAGCGGCGAUCUAAAGAAACACGUUUACAAGUUGGAAAGCGUCAAUCGCACAGUGCAAAGUGAGAAAGCGAAGCGUGAGAGGCUUUUACAACAGAAGGAAUCCGAGCGCAAGAAGCGCAAGGAUGACAUUGUGCGAUGGCGGGAACGGACAUCACGAAUGACAGCUGAUGCUGCGCAGGCAAGGGAGGAGAAGGCACGUAUAGAAGAGGAUGGGAAGAAGCGUGCGGAUGAGGUACGGGAGAAGAUCGCAAAGGAGCAAGCGGAAAUGAAGGUUAUCGACGAUGAGAUACAGGACAAGGGGGGUCGGGUCAAGAAGCUUGAAGAAGAGAGGCAGGGGCAUCAGGGUCCAGAUAGUGAAGACGGCAAGGAGUUGGAUCGAAUUGAUAACGAACGUGCUCGGCAGUGGGAAAUUAAGCUAAGCAACCUACACGCCCGAUAUGCUACCCUAGUGAAUAUUCAUGCUCAGCGACCAUCCGCCCACGUCGUCAUCGCAGCUCUCUGA